AUGCUUGCGCCGGCAGCGGGACCUACCAAACCCCAACUACCGAGGGGGGGGUACCAGCCCGCCCGAAGGGGUGGUGCGGCCCGUCCACGGCAACAGGGACGGGCGGGGGGGGUGCACUCGGCAGACAGUGGGGUGGGGGGGGGUGUGGGGGUGGCGGGAUGGGCUUGGUCGGGGGCGUAUUGGACGCCAGAUAAGGUGAGGGAGGCCAGGGGGGAGAAAGGGGGCAGAAGGGGCAGGGCCGGGCCAACCGGGGGGACCGGGGCCGAGCCCCAAAGAGAGGAGAAACAGCACACCCGACAGUUGGGGUGGGGAGGGGCGCGUGGGUGGCGCGUGGCCCCCCUGGAGGUGGGGGAGAGCCUUAAUGAUGACUUGUUGAAACACAAGGAAUGGGAGGGGGCGGGGGUGAGACAGCAGGAGGAAGACUGCGCUGAGGUGCGCCAGGGGCACGACGAGAUUGGGGGUGAGGAGAGGAAGCGCGGGGCUGGAGACAGAAGCGGGAGAUGGGCAGCAACAAGCAGCGGGGGGGGACGGGGCGGGAGCGUGAGAGAAGGGGAGGGCUCCGGCAGGGGAGGCGCGCGUACCGCACGAAUGGGACGGGGGGAGAGGCCAGAGAAGGGGAAAGCGGACCACACUAAAAAACGGGGGAAGCGGCGGGGGGCGGGGGGCGUAAAGGAUGCCGAAGGCACCCACAUACACGCGUAG